GCGUAAUGGGAAAUGUAUUCGUGGAGGGAAGAAGUACUCCCUCCGUUCCACAAAACCCUUCCGGUUUUGACUUUGGGGAAAAAUAAGGAAAGUGUAAUUUUGGUUGACUUUCCAAUUUUGUCUCUGAUGUGAUAGGAAAAAGUAAGAUAUGAUAGUUUAGUUAUUAGUGAAAAAGUAUGAUGUGAUAGGUACGGUAUGAAUAUAACAAUGCCUUCCUUAACCUCUUCUUCCUCCAUUCUCCACAAACUCUCCACCCCAACUCCCUUCUUCGGCAUCAAACUAUGGAUUCUAAUUCUAAUUCCCACCUCCCUAAUCAUAUCACUAUUCACUCUCCUCCUCCUCAUCGCCCUCUCCUGCUCCCGCCCCAAAAAGCCCCGCAACGGUAACCCCGGGGCCUCCUCCCCGUCCAUGAACCCGAUGCCCCGACUUCCCCGCGAACGCCCCGAGCUCGGCCGCUGCGGGAGCAGAACGAGCGGCGGGCUCAUGGACGGGGAUGUGGAGUCCGGCGGGGGCUGCUGGCGGCCGAGACAGCGGUUCACGGUUGAGGAGUUGGAGGUGGCGACGGGCGGGUUCGCUUGUGGGAAUGUGAUCAGCUGCGGCGAGCGCUCGGUCGUCUACCGUGGGGUGCUGUUGGAUCGAACUCGAGUCGUUAUCAAACGUCUGCUCUGUUACAGUUUGGCUUUCCUUCAUGAAGAUACAGAGCCUUUAGUGGUGCACCAAAACUUAAGUUCAAGAAAAAUACUUCUUGACAGGCAUUGGAAUCCUAAGAUCACUGAUUUUGGUAUAACCAAGAACCAUGGUUCUGUUUGGAAGAACCACAAUAAUGUUCUUGCACCACAAAGCGCAUGCCCCGAAAACCUUGACGAGAAGAGCGACGUCUAUAGCUUUGGCAUACUUAUCAUGGAGAUCAUUUCUGGAAACGCAAUCACAUUUAACACCGCUUUUGAAACUGAGGAAUGCUUGAUAGAUUGGAUAAAAAUCAUGGUGGAGCACAAGAAAGUUGAAGAACUGGUGGAUGCAAAGCUGAAGGAAACGCCCUCACCCGUGGAGAUGAAACGGAUCAUACUCAUUGCCCUCCGUUGCGUGGAUCCGGAUGCGAACGACAGGCCGAAAAUGGGAGAAGUGAUCCACAUGCUAGAGCCUCGCGACCUCCUCCUCAGCGACGAAAGGGUUCUUAAGAAGCAGACUUCUCGACGGAGUUCAGUAAAAGAAGAAGAUAUAUUGCAGGCUGCUGCUUCAUCAAGAAAAAACUAACAUUUUUUCUUCUGGAUGUCUCAUACAAAUUUUACUUGAGAGGCUAGAGUUUAGACGUCAAUUAUAUUUUAUUAAAUAUUUCAUAAAUGAUUCUCUUAUGUUUGUCUUCUUCUUUUGGACAUUCACUUAACUCCCUCUAUGGCUCUAUCGUCAUUCGGCAAUUAACAUUACCUUUUGUGAUGUCCCAAAAAAGUAGUCUUCUUUUCUCCUUUUGCAAAAGUUUUUGUGCCUCAUAUUUUUAAUUUUAAAUAUUUUUACUAAAUAGCAUUAAAACUUAAGUUAUUUC